AUUGGGCACUGGAAGGAGAAUCUUCAGGAAAAAAAACACAAGGCGACGAGAACCAUCAAAACAUAAACAGAAAGUACUGUGGAAAUCGCAACACUUUCUGCUUUGUUUGGCAUGCGCUUUAAGCACACGACCCUGAUGUCAAGAAAUCUAAACUGCAGACCGCCGGUUCGAGGAGCCUGAGGUUCUUGUCGGGAUUAGAAAUUGACACCGACGAUUAGGAUUUAGCUGACAGUCGGCGGGCCUACUGGAGACAAUUGAGUCACACCUGACGAAGAUUGUUAGGUUGUGCAUUUACGGUGAAGACGUUUCACGGCGCUGACACGAAGGCUGCCCUCGGUACUGAGGGACUCAGAAGACGAUGGCUGACCGCGAGGGGAAGUCCUCUAUCAGACCCGGCUCAGAAGACUCGGAUGGAAUAGGACAGAGAGACCCCCCUACUCCCCCCUCCACCACUGAUGGACACCCAGACCCAAGUGCAGAGGCCCCGCCCACACCGGUGCUGGGGGCGGGGCGGGACAGCAGCCUGGCCCUGGAGGAGGAGGACACGGACAGCAUGGACGGCAGUGGGCGCUACUCCCUGACGGAGGAGGGGGAGAGGGAGAGCGAGGGAGUGCGGGGUGGAGAGAGAGAGGGGAGGAAGAGGCGGAGGGAGCAGGAUCGGCCUGCUCACGGCUCCUCCAGUUCCGAUGAAGAUGAAGACCAGGAUGAGGAAGAGGAGGAGGAAGAGGAGGAGGAUGAGCAGGCCAUGGAGGCGUGGCUGGGGGCGGAGCUGCAGGAGCUGGGCGGGCCCGCCUGGCGGGCGGUGCCCUCCCUGCGUGCGCGGGAGAUCGGGCGGGGCGCGCAGUUUGUGAAGCGGGUGUGUGGAGCGCGGGGCCUGGUCCAGAGGCUGGAGCUGCAGGCUCGGCUGGAGAGGCACACCGGCUGCGUCAACACGCUGCACUUCAACCCGUCCGGCACCCGCCUGGCCUCCGGCAGCGACGACCUGCGCGUGGUCAUCUGGGACUGGGCCCGGCGCCGCGCAACGCUGGAGUUCCACAGCGGCCAUAAGAGCAACGUCUUUCAGGCUAAGUUCCUGCCGCACAGUGGUGAUUCUACUCUGGCUAUGUGUGCGCGAGACGGCCAGAUCAGAGUGGCUGAACUCUCUGCUACUCAGCGCUGCAAAAACACCAAGCGUGUGGCUCAGCACAAGGGUGCCGCCCACAAGCUGGCUCUGGAGCCUGAUUCCCCCUGCUCCUUCUUAUCUGCUGGUGAGGACGCCGUGGUUUUUGGCAUCGACCUGCGCCUGGAUCGGCCCGCCACUAAGCUGGUGGUGGUGAAGGAAGGAGAGAAGAAGGUGGGGCUCUACACCAUCUUUGUGAACCCAGCCAACACCCACCACUUCGCCGUGGGCGGGCGAGACCAGUAUGUCAGGGUGUAUGACCAGAGGAAGAUCAGUGAGAAUGAUAAUAACGGCGUGCUGAAGAAGUUCUGUCCGUCUCACCUGCUGUCCAGCGAGAGCAAGACCAACAUCACCUGCCUGGUGUACAGCCACGAUGGCACAGAGCUGCUGGCCAGUUACAAUGAUGAGGACAUUUACCUGUUUAACUCCCAGCACAGCGACGGGGCCGACUACUGCCGGAGGUACAAGGGCCACCGCAACAACGCCACAGUGAAGGGGGUGAACUUUUUCGGGCCCUGCAGCGAGUUUGUAGUGAGCGGCAGCGACUGCGGACACAUCUACCUGUGGGACAAGAACUCCGCUCACAUCGUCCAGUACAUGGAGGGAGACAAAGGAGGAGUGGUGAACUGCCUGGAGCCCCACCCUCACCUGCCAGGUUUGGCCACCAGUGGGCUGGACCAUGAUGUGAAACUCUGGGCCCCCACCGCCGAGACCCCCACUGCACUGAAGGGCCUGAAAGAGGUUAUGAAGAAGAACAAGCGUGAGCGUGAUGAAGAUAGCAUGAGACAUGGAGAUCAGUACGACACCCAGCUCCUCUGGUUCCUCAUGAGGCAUAUGAGGCACAGGAGAAUACAGAGGAGUCGCCGGGGAGAAGCUGGGGGAGAUGGAGACACCGAUGAGUCCUGGAGUUCAGCAGACUCCUCCGAUGAAGAGGAUGCUGGAGCUGACCAUGUGCAGUGCAUGUCCUCCUAAACACACACGCAAACACACACACUCACGCGUGCACACACACACUUGCGCGCACACAUUCAUACUCGCGCACACAUGCAAGCACACACACGUACCCUCGCACGCACACACCGACACUCACACGUACACACACACACACGCUCAUGCGCACAUUCAGUCACACACAUGCACGCACACAUUCACACUCGCGCGCACACACACACACACACACACCCCUUGAAGAUUUGACUGGCAACAUUGCUGUCUGUUAUCCAGGAACGGCGACAGAUGAAAGAGGUUGAAAAUGGAGGGAGUGAGGGAUGAAAGAGGACAGGAACCUAAUGCAGAUUGUAAACCAGCACUCCCCCCCCCACCCCCCCCCUUGUGCUGCAUGUCACCUGUUCCCUGCUUAGAGGCCUCCUUCCACCCCCCCAGAUUUAGGAGCCGCACGCAGGCACUGAAAGAGGACUGCUUCUCUGCCCAAAUUCUCAGUCUGUCCGUCUGUCCCAGUCAAAGCAAAGCCAGCCAACACAGACGGAAUGAUGGACGGAUGGAUACAUUGGAAAUGUCACAGCUUUCUUCUGCUUCUUUUGCCAUCAGAUUCUAUCCCAAAAUAAUAUUUAGAGCACUUAUUAUCAAAAGAUGACUAUUUAAAAGAAGAAAAAAAACAGUCAAAUCAAAGCAUUUUCUGACUGCAUAUUCAACUCCUUCCUUUCCUGGACCCCCCCUGCUCACUUCCUGCAAGCCUCACGCAGAAGAUACCCAAUCAGAUGUGUUCUGGCAGGGGCAGUGAGGUGCAGGUGUCAGUAUUCAGUGCACUGAUCAGCACACCGUCUCGGAGGCCCUCAUGGAUAUGCCCAGCGUGGUGCAGCAGCCGUGUGGUCUCCAUUCAGUCACUGAUCGCUCGGGUGGAGCAGCAAUGUGGUCUCCAUUCAGUCACUGAUCGCUCGGGUGGAGCAGCAAUGUGGUCUCCAUUCAGUCACUGAUCGCUCGGGAGGAGCAGCAGUGUGGUCUCCAUUCAGUCACUGAUCGCCCGGGAGGAGCAGCAGUGUGGUCUCCAUUCGGGUCACUGAUCACUCGGGUGGAGCAGCAGUGUGGUCUCCAUUCAGUCACUGAUCACUCGGGUGGAGCAGCAGUGUCAUCUCCAUUCAGUCAGUCACUGAUCGCUCGGGUGGAGCAGUGGUCUCCACGCAGAGAGAGGAGCAGUCAGGAGAUGAUUUGCACACCUGAGCUGCUCUGUCUGAACACCUGGGCAUCGUGAAUGGCUGCAGCAGGAAGCAGGAUAACUUACCAUCAGAUUCACCUUUUCCCUUUUUGUACCUGGAAUUUAGAAAUGAGACCUCUAUAUAUAUUUUUCUCUACAGCUAUAUGAGUGUAUAGUUGUAUAGAAAAAAUAGCUGUUUGACAAAGUUAGAAAAAAAUGAUUUCAGAUUGAUAUUAAUGUAAAAACGUUUAUACUGUAUUUCAUCCAAACAUACAAUGAGGAAAGGAAAAAAAAUCUUUUUGUGCAUUUGGCAUUUUGAUGACAUCCACAGUAUUGAAUCAGUCUGGGACACAACCUUGUUUCUCUCCCUUCCUUUUCUAGUUUUUUCUGUUGUUUUUGCGGCUGACCGUGUUCUGCUCUUCUGUUCUAACGUGUGAUUGGUGCAGUAAAUGAGAGAUGCUCAA